GCGAGGCGGGAGAGCGCCGCCACGGGGACGCCCGGGAGGAGGGGGCGCGGUUCCCGCCGCUGCGCGGCGCUCGGCCCCCUCCGGCUCGGCGCGCGGCUGCAGCCUGGGCUGGGCGCUCGCAGCACAUUCCGCACCCGCACCCCGGCGGCCGGGCAUGUAGUAGCGGCAGCUGCGGCAGCCGCCGCGGCGGAAUAUGGGCGGGAACCACUCCCACAAGCCCCCGGUGUUUGACGAGAAUGAGGAAGUCAACUUUGACCAUUUUCAGAUCCUACGGGCCAUUGGUAAAGGGAGUUUUGGGAAGGUCUGCAUCGUGCAGAAGCGGGACACUAAGAAAAUGUACGCGAUGAAGUACAUGAACAAGCAGAAGUGCAUCGAGAGGGAUGAAGUCCGGAACGUCUUCCGGGAGCUCCAGAUCAUGCAGGGGCUGGAACAUCCUUUCUUGGUCAAUCUGUGGUACUCCUUCCAGGACGAGGAGGACAUGUUCAUGGUGGUGGACCUACUGCUGGGAGGGGACCUACGUUAUCACCUGCAACAGAAUGUACAUUUCACAGAGGGGGCCGUGAAGCUCUACAUCUGCGAGCUGGCCCUGGCCCUGGAGUAUCUGCAGAGGUAUCACAUCAUCCACAGAGACAUCAAGCCAGACAACAUACUGCUGGAUGAACACGGACAUGUUCACAUCACAGACUUCAACAUAGCGACGGUCGUGAAAGGCACAGAAAAGGCUUCCUCCAUGGCCGGGACCAAGCCCUACAUGGCCCCGGAAGUGUUCCAGGUGUAUGUGGACGGAGGCCCCGGGUACUCCUACCCCGUUGACUGGUGGUCCCUGGGUGUCACGGCCUAUGAGCUGCUGCGGGGCUGGAGGCCGUAUGAAAUCCACUCGGCCACCCCCAUCGAUGAGAUCCUCAACAUGUUCAAGGUGGAGCGUGUCCACUACUCCUCCACGUGGUGCAAGGGCAUGGUCGCCCUGCUGAAGAAGCUCCUGACCAAGGACCCCAAGAGCCGCCUGUCCAGCCUCGGUGACGUCCAGAGCGCACCCUACUUGGCCGACAUGAACUGGGAUGCGGUGUGGGAGAAGGCCCUGAUGCCUGGCUUCGUACCCAAUAAAGGGAGACUGAACUGUGACCCCACAUUUGAACUUGAAGAAAUGAUUCUUGAAUCCAAACCACUUCACAAAAAGAAGAAGAGGUUGGCAAAGAACAGGUCCAAAGAUGGCACGAAGGACAGCUGUCCUCUGAAUGGACACCUCCAGCAGUGCCUGGAGACGGUGCGGAAAGAAUUCAUCAUAUUCAACAGAGAGAAGCUGAGGAAGCAGCAAGGGCAGAGCGGCCAGCUCUUGGACACAGAAAGCCGAGCUGGGAGCCAGGCCCAGGGCAAGCUCCAGGACGGGUGUAACAACAACAUUCUGGCCCACGCCUGCUCCCGUGGUUGCAGCAGCUAAGCCACCGCCUGCGGCUUCCAGCGGGACUGCACACACCUCUGCCCUGCCCACCAAAAGCCCCUCUCUGUGCCGCGAUGGUCCCUGUCUCACCUCUAAUAACAUCAGAUGCAGAGAAGGAACCUUGGGCUCGGAGCUGGGGAGCCUGGGUUCUGGUCCCAGCUGCCCGACUGAUACCUGCUUGACUGUGGACAAGCCUUGCCCUUUCUGUGCCUCAGUUUUCCACGUCUGCCAAAGGGGUUAAACAGCUCUCUGUCCCACCUCUAAUUACAAGGUUAUUCAAAGAAUCCGAUUGGGUAGCGGACAUGCAAAACCUUUAUAAAGUUGUUUACACGGGCAAAAUAAAACCUUAAUAUUUGAAGUGCACUCCCCUCCCCCAAAGCAAUUAGAUCAACACACCUCUGCAAUUCGGUCCAUCCUGGCUCUUAAGACAGUACUUUCGAAAAUGCAGCCCUCAAACAUCUGAUGUGUUAGCCCAGCCUACGGAAACACCAUUCCCCAAUCCUGGAGCUAAGCCGGAAGUGUCUUCUUUUGCCUUCCCUGUCAUGCCAGUCUUUCUGACCUUCUAAGAUGGCUCUCCACCAUCUCCACCUUUAAUUUCAGUAGGUCUCCACUCCCGCCCCACCCUGGUGCUGGGAUGGCCCGUAGAUGCCCAUUCAGAAGGUCAAGUCACUGAUCAUCAGUCUCUCCUAUAGAGUGUCGGCAGAGUUCCUCCCAAAACCCAGUCCCACAGCAGAACUCUGAGUCUCCGUCCCCGUCCAAGUUUUCUUUCCUGAAAAGGGGUUAUGUCAUCUCAUCGGCAUUGACUUAAAGAGGGUCUCCAACUGCCAUCAAGGAGGCUGCUCCACACGGAUAAAUUAGGAAGCACAGGUGGUUAGAAAGUUUAGGAGGACGGUGGGCUCACACAAAGAGCAAACUACUUUAUGAUCUGUUCAGGGAGCACUUUGUCUUUGAAGUGGGAGAUGCUGUAGCAUAGGGGAUAAAGCUUGAACUUGGAAUCAGGACUGUGUCCGGAAUCCAGCCCUGCUGUUUACUAACCGGAAGACCUCAGGCAAAUCGUGUAAUCCCUUGAGUGUCAGUUUCCUCGUUUUAAAACGAGGAUAAUAAAACUAACCCUCGGGGGUUGUUAUAGGGUUAAAGAAAGAUCCUGUGUGUGAUAUACCCAGCACAUAUUACUCUGUGAAUGGUAGCAGUUUUUGGUCUACAUCAUCAUCAGCAUCAUUUGAAGAAACUUUCCUGUUUCAUUCAUUUGGCAGGUCAGUUUUCUGUAGAAACAAGCCUGGUGUUUAAGAUUCUUUGAACUUCUCAUCCUGGAGUCUCUGAUAUCUGUGCAUUCCUCUGAAAGUUCAAUUGUGUUUUUAUUUUUCAUCCAACUUUCACUUUUUACAUCAUAAAUCAAUCCUUGGGACUGUCAAUGCCAUCUCUUAGAUUUCUUAAGAGACAUUUUAAUGUAUUACGUGGUUUUAUAUUUUUAUUGGAAAAAAAGGAAAGAAAUGAUUAUUGUUUUCCUCCUUCAAACCCAGGCUAUUUCUAGAUGGUGUUGCCCACGUGUCCACUUGUCUUGCACACUUUUCAUUCUUUGAUUCCCGUUGGCACCAUCCUGUCCCCUCCAGGAAACAACGGGGCUGCUUCUCUCUUCACUGUGACCCUGGCAGCACUUAGGGCCCCUCACUGGGCUGAGUUCAUGAAUUAGGGGCAGGAGCUGGAAGUAGCCCAAGAUGCUGGAUUUCCUGGCUCUGUUCAAGUUAGCCUUGUUCCUUGUUCAGAAUAAACUAUUUCUUGGCCAUUCCUUCUUACAACUUUGUUCUUAUUCAGGGUUGGGUUGGAUGGGCAAUGUCCCCUCAAAGUCA